UAAACACAACCAACUUCACAUUAUUCCUUUUACAUGGCCGCUUUAGUGCCGUAAACACGUGUUGUUCUAAAACGAGUCGUGUUUUUCAGUGAAUUUCGUACUUUAAACAAGAUGCCUUUAGCUGUUGAUUUAUUGCACCCACCCCCGGAAAAGCAACGCCGUUCGCAUAAACUAAAACGGCUUGUUCAACAUCCCAACAGCUAUUUCAUGGAUGUAAAAUGUCCCGGGUGCUAUGCCAUCUCUACGAUUUUUUCGCACGCCCAAAGUGCUGUUCCUUGCAAAGGAUGCUCGACGAUUUUGUGCACGUCCACGGGGGGCAAAGCCCGAUUAACGGAGGGAUGCAGUUUCAGACGCAAACAACAUUUGUAAAACGUUACGAUAACAAUGUUUAAGUGUAAUUAAUAAAUUUAUUUCCCGAAUAAAUUUUUUUGAGUUUAAGAUA